GAUGUCAGCGUGGCCGCUCGACGUCUCCAAGUCUCCUCUUCCUUGUGCUCUCCCUUGUUUCCCAUCAUAUUCUUCCUCGCGGCCCACUUCUUCAACGAUCGCGGAUCCAUCGAUCUCAUCCCCGUCUGGAGCUUCGUUGUUUCGUUGUCGAACGGUUCGUGCCACGCGAAGGGACGAUUAUCGUGGAGCGAACGGAAUCGUCUUCGUUUGAAGACUCGUUUUCCUGGUUUUUCGUAGUCGCGACGAUUUAAAAGUUACGCUCCGAGCAUGAGGACGGGAAUCAACGUCCCCGGGCAGUGAAUCAGCGGUGUCUGCCGGUGGAAAUCGUCGACGAGGAUUGGCUUCUUUCUGGGAUCCAACAGCAAUUAAGAACUUCCCGCAGACACGAGGGAGCCCUCCGCGGACAAUGGGAACAAUGAGGAACAAUUUCGCCGAGGCCUUUGUGCUCCUGCUGGUCCUGAUGCUCCCGACGAGUCAAUCUUUCCCGCACGGCAAAGAGAGUUCCUCGAGGAGAAACAGUUUAACCAACACUUUAACGUCGAAGGUUCGGUCGGCGCACUCGUCGAUCUCCGGCACGACCUACGAGUGCCUCUUCGUGGACGAGAAGCUGCCCACGUGCGAUGUUAAAUGGAUGCUGAAUUCGAAGGAGGACACCGCAAAUUCGACGAGCGGUCGAGAAAGGAGGGAUUUGGACGCGAGGCUUGAUAAAGUUACCGAGUCACGACCGAGAUCUAAUUUCGACCCUUCCAAGGUGACGCGCGUCAUAGUUUACACCUUCGAGGGUUGCUUGCCGCCGAUAAGACGCGAUAGGUUAUACGUCUUGAUGCCACCCUGCGACGGAAUUUCCCUGGACAAGAUCGUGGGCGUGGAGAGAUUUUAUCCCUUCGCGAUGAAGGGCACGAGGAAACCACCCCCGGUGCUCCCGGAAGUGACUCGUGACCAGUGGUUGCGCAUGAUGGUACGACUUCGAAAUCACGUAUCGUCGAAGGCACGCAAUUUUUUCUUCCAGAAGCAUCAUGGCGUCCCCGUUUCGAAGGAAGCAACCACCACCGAAUCUUCCUACGAGCUCGCGAAAGCCACUCAGCCUAAUGCCGGACCACAGACAGUUGAGAAAACAGAGCCAACCAUGGACAUCGAUCACGAACGAUCCUCGCCGUCUUCCAGCGACGUGGUCGUCGACGAUCUGGGAAAUAAAGCGGAAUCGCCACCGAAGAAGAAGUCCUUGAACCACUUCAGGCGAAAAAUUCCCAACAAAUACGUUCACCAGCGAGAAACGAUCGUCCUGGAUGGAGGAAAAUCAAGUUUAGGGGACAAAAAGGAGGAUCUUGUAGAGAUUCCUUCGGCUCCGUUCGCAAUCGAAGCGUCGAAGGCGUCCACCGCUACGAAUCCCAGCGUUUACAAGAAGAUGGCCGUUGACGAACCCUCGGACGACUUCGCGAGCCCUGGCGAUUCCGAGCGAUUCUCGACGCUGUAAUUUAUUAACGCUGCAUGGAACCAUUCCUCGUCCACGACAGGCAAAACCUUGCCCGAUAUCGUGGCCAAAAUUAUUAUCCGAAUCCUUACUCGAAUACUCGAAGACUUCAGUGAUUAUUCGACGAGUUGGACACUCGAGUAUUCGAAAGUAUUCGUCCCUUGUGCUCGAGGGGUCAAGUAUCAUAUUCGAACAGUGCGUGACUAUAAAUCAAGUGUUUUCAGUUUUCUCGAUCUUUUUAAUAGAACACUGGUAGUUUGGCAAAGGAAAUCUUAACGCGUUAAUUCUUUAGCUGCAAGCAGUCAAAAACGAUGUAUUUGUAUACGUUUAUAUAUACUUGUAGAUUAAAGGAAAAGCGAUUUAAUUUACUUGCUAGUUGUAGGUAUAAACUGUGCGGUAGUGGUAGUGGAAUUCAUCGAAGAUGAUUCACGACAAAUUUUGUACGUUCACAGAAAAUGCACGAAGAAAUGCUUUGCAAAAUAAAAUAUAACGUGGAUGUUUCUGCAAAUUCAUAUUUUCGUAGGUAUAGUAAAAUAAUCGAGGCAUAAAUGAAACCAUGUCUUGUUGAUGUUUUGCAGAAAUACACAUUCGGUAUAAAUGCAUAAAUAUUCACAGGCCGAUAAUAAUUAAUAUCCGAAGAAAUA